CUCAACACCAACUGGAGCCGGAGAUGAACACGGCUCCCCUCGCACCACUGCAAGUUACGGCAUCAGCAGAGACUUUACUGCCUGGAGAUCUCAGCUGCUUGGACAAAUGCAUACAAAUGCAUUUAGGAGCCCAACGGACAAGGAGUGGAAAUAUUUCUGCCACAGAAAAAACGAGAACUGUCCUCCUGCUGUUUACAAUAUGCACAUCAGCCCUGUUUGCCAAAGGACACUCUCCGGUGCAAGGUGUAGAUCUCCUUUAUCCGCUGGGCCUUACAGGCAGCAAAGAGAGAGACCCCCUGGAGGUGACUCCUCACCCAUCAUCCACUCCUUCCCCUUCUCCUCAGGGCCUCCUCCUCUCAGGAGCUGGUGUGGUGCUCCGGAGCAGUGCUCACAUUGAUGGUCCCAUCACUGGGCUCUUCCCCACUGGGAUCGGGGAUGACUUCUCCUUUGUUGUGUGUUUAAGCGCUUGGCGAGUGAACAAUGCUUUCGUUGUUAGCAUCACAAACGGCAAGAACAGACUACAAUUUGGUAUUCAGCUGGUUCCCAAGAAGGUGGUGGUGUAUAUCACCGAGAAGACGUCGGUCUUCUUUAAAUAUGAUGUGCUUAACGGGCCAUGGCAUUCGUUUGCCAUCGGCGUGCGCCCACGCUCUGUGUCCUUCUACGCGGAAUGCGGAGGCGUGCGUUACAGUGAGCAAACGAUUGCCAGACCUCAAGAGCUAGGCCCCGAUAGCCAGCUCACCAUCGGAAGGAUGAACCUCAAAGCUGUCCAGUUCGAAGGUGUCAUAUGCCAGCUGGAUAUGUAUCCCACAGCGCAGGCUGCUGCACACUAUUGCGACUACAUAAAAAAACAGUGCCGAUUGGCUGAUACAUAUCGAUCACCCCCUCCAUCCCUCGAGCAAGGAUCAAAUGACCCUCCAAAAUCAGACCUCCCUCUUCUGGAUACCCAGAUUAGAUCAACAGUGUCUACAGGUUCCUGGAAGCACAGAAAUGUUUCCCAGUAUGGAACGGCCUCCACCUCCGAGAGCUAUCCAACAAAAAGUAGGCCCACAGAAUCCAGUACUUCUGUAAAUCCCAAUCUAAGGAGUGUUAAUGAAAAAGCUAUGCUGCUAAACACUGUGGCAGACCGCUCAUCCCGUACAAAUGUGGGUGUUCGGGCUACGCUGGAUAACGCUGUAAGGAGUACCGCUUCAUUAGUGGAAGCUAAUGACGCAGAGGUCCAUUCGUUUGAUAAAAGCAAAAAUGCCAAGGAGGUCUCCACCACAGUCUCUCCUACGACCCCGGAGAGCUGGAUCAAGGAGAGACUGAUGUUGGCCAACACUAGCCAGCAUCAACGAUUGGCCGACAAUCUGACGCAGGUGCUGCUGAAAACCAACAGCACGCUGUACAGGAACCCUGUUGAGAACCAGAUCCAGGUGGAGAAUUCAGAGGAACGCAGUUAUGAAGCGGAGUAUGAUGCCUAUACUGGGAAUUAUGACUAUGGCUACGAAGAAGCUGAUUUUUCCUUUGACUAUGAUGGCCUCUGGGGACCAAAAGGGGAACCAGGCCCUCCGGGUUCUCCCGGUCCCCCUGGCUUGCCCGGGCCUUUCGGAAAACGCGGACCUCGGGGCCCACCUGGUCUGCAUGGAAAUCCUGGAUUACCUGGUCUACCUGGUCCCAAGGGCUCCAAGGGUGAUCCUGGGAUGUCCCCAGGUCAGGCACCAAAAGGAGAAAAGGGCGAUAGAGGUCCCCCAGGUCUACCAGGUUCACGUGGUUUACCAGGUCAAAUGGGUCCAAAGGGAUACUCUGGGUCUCCGGGACUGCCAGGUGAACAGGGCUUGCUAGGAUUGUCUGGUUUGCCUGGGGAAGCAGGUUACCCUGGCAGGCAGGGUUUGGCUGGGCCAGAGGGCAACCCAGGUCCCAAAGGUGUUAGAGGCUUCAUUGGACCUCCUGGCGUUGCAGGACCUCCUGGACUGGAGGGAGAAAGAGGGAUUCCUGGUCCAGUUGGCAAGGAAGGACCCAAAGGAAGACAGGGUGUAGCUGGAGAUGUGGGUGAGAGAGGUCCCCCAGGUCCGGACGGGGAAAAAGGCCCUGUCGGUGUUCCUGGAAUCGGAGGUUUCCCUGGUCUGAGGGGCGAGCUGGGGCCCGAAGGACCCCGGGGACCACUAGGCAUUAUAGGAACUCAGGGCCUGAGUGGACGUGCUGGACCGCCUGGAUUGAAAGGUGAUAAGGGGGAUCCUGGAUUUACAGGCGAGCCCGGAGACGGCGGAUACCCGGGUGACAAGGGUGCAGUAGGCUUGCCAGGACCACCAGGCAUCCGAGGGAGACCUGGACCAUCCGGGAAGAUCGGCGAACCAGGACCACCUGGGCCACCAGGCCCGUCCGGCCCAGAGGGUUUUCCUGGAGAUAUUGGAACCCCGGGUCCGAAUGGCCCACUUGGAGUGAAGGGUGUUCAAGGUGCUAGAGGUCCAGUAGGGCCGCCUGGACCUAUUGGACCCGAGGGAGACGAGGGGCCCAUUGGCCCAACGGGAAUCCCUGGCCCAAUGGGAAGGCCAGGCAGGAAGGGAUACAUAGGCGAAGCUGGACCAGGAGGGCCAAUGGGUGAAACCGGGGACCCAGGAAAUGCAGGGAAAAUUGGACCACAAGGACCAGUGGGAUUAAUUGGAACUGCGGGUAUAAUCGGAGUUCAUGGUGAAAAGGGUGACCGUGGUCCUGCUGGCCCGUUAGGUCCCCCUGGAGAAAAGGGAUCCGUGGGGUAUCCUGGAUUACCAGGGACACCCGGUGACGUUGGUCCACAAGGCCCACCCGGACCAUCAGGACAGAGAGGGUCGCUUGGAAUACCGGGUCCCAAAGGCAGAAGGGGGCCACGAGGUCUAGACGGUCUUCCGGGAGAAUCCGGACCACAAGGUGUCAAGGGAGAACGCGGAGUCGCAGGAAGGAAGGGCGAUCCUGGCUUCAUCGGAAAGGCAGGGAGUCCUGGGGAAAGAGGCCUGUCGGGCAUCUCUGGCACGCCGGGGUUUCCUGGAAGUACAGGGGAGCGGGGACCUCCGGGGGAGUCUGGACCCAGAGGACCAGCAGGGGACCCAGGACCGGAGGGCGAAAUCGGCCUUGAGGGACCUAUUGGGCCAGAGGGAGAGCCUGGUGCAGUGGGUGAACCCGGGCCCAAGGGAGAAAUUGGGCUUCCUGGAGAUGAAGGGGAGCAGGGGCAGGAAGGAAUCAGAGGUCUUCUGGGUCCCAUGGGUGAAGAUGGAGUUCAAGGAAAGGACGGGCCCAAGGGGAGGCCGGGAGACCGUGGGCAUGUUGGGGAGCCGGGGGACAAAGGUGAAGAGGGAAACCCGGGGCCUGCGGGCCUUCCCGGGGAGGCGGGAAAGCGUGGCUUUCCGGGUCCUGAAGGAAAACAAGGACCUCCAGGUAAUCGUGGCCGUCAUGGAAAAAAGGGUGAGAAAGGUCUGACAGGAUCGGCUGGUGAAACCGGACCGCGUGGUGAUGCAGGAAAGAUGGGAGAAAAGGGGCCGAAAGGGGCCAGAGGCACCAGAGGCCCUCCGGGCCCACUGGGACCAAUGGGUCCUGAGGGGCUGCCAGGAAUUAUGGGAUAUACUGGUCACCCGGGCAAGCCUGGGCCUAUCGGACCACCCGGCCCAAAAGGUGAAAAGGGCUACCCAGGAGAGGAUAACAAAUCUCCAGGACCACCGGGAUCCAUAGGUGAACCAGGUCCUGCCGGCAAGCGAGGGGAGCGGGGGGAGCCAGGGGAGCUGGGAUAUCAGGGUCACAUUGGCAUUACUGGACCUAGAGGUGCUAUUGGACAGCAAGGGCCACCAGGUAAGCCUGGGGAACCUGGAGAGCAAGGACCCAAUGGAGAGAAGGGCAAACAGGGACUGACUGGGAAGAGGGGAGUGAAGGGUCCAGCAGGUAAACAUGGCGAUGAAGGGCCCCUGGGUUUACCUGGAUCGAGAGGGAUGGAGGGCUAUCCCGGGAUGGAUGGCCCUCCUGGACUUCCUGGUCAUCUAGGACUACCUGGAAAACCCGGACGUAAGGGUCAUCGUGGUGCUGCAGGCAUGGAGGGGAAGGCAGGGCUUCCGGGUCCUCGAGGUGAACUCGGACUUCCUGGCAUGCCUGGCGAGAAGGGACCCCCAGGGCAGAAGGGGGAACCUGGGCUGGUAGGGGAAACGGGACCCCCAGGGCGUAAAGGACUGGAGGGCAUGCAGCCGGACCAGGGCAAGAAAGGAGAAGCUGGCAUGAAAGGACAGCCGGGGGGACCAGGGGAGCAAGGAAUGCGAGGGUUUCAAGGAUUUCCUGGCCCAAAGGGUCCCAGUGGAGAUCUGGGUUUCAAAGGCAUUCCAGGAUCCAAAGGUCCUGCUGGAAUUGUGGGAAUCACUGGACCAGCUGGCCCAAUUGGCAUGAUUGGACCUGUGGGAAAGCCUGGGCACCGAGGGCCCAAAGGAAGCCCGGGGGAUAUGGGACCCCAGGGGCCACAGGGUAGCCCAGGCCCACAGGGUGCUCCAGGUGCUCCAGGUCGGACGACACAUGUAAGUCUUAAUGCAGCUGUACAAGCCUUGAUUGAAACCACCUCUGCUCUGCGUAUGGAGAGCUACCAGAACACAGAGGUGUCUGUGUCCGACCUCAGUGCUGAGAUCCUUAAGACUUUGCAGUACCUGAGUAGUGUGAUUGAGAGCAUUAAGAGACCCCUGGGUACCCAAUCCAACCCCGCGAGGCUCUGCAAGGACCUGCUAGACUGCCACCAGCGGCUGUCGGAUGGAUGGUUCUGGAUAGAUCCCAACCUUGGAUGUCCAUCAGAUGCUAUUAAGGUCUUCUGCAAUUUUACUGCAGGUGGCCAAACAUGCAUCCACCCACUUGCUAUGCAUAAGAUGGAGUUUGGCAUUAAAAAAGUCCAGAUGAAAUUUCUUCACUUGUUGAGCACGGAGGCUACGCAGACCAUUGCAGUUCGCUGUCUUAGCACAGCAGCGUCGAAAACCACAAAUUCUGACUGGCUGAAGAAGUCUGUGAGCUUUGUGGGGUGGAACGGACAAAUGCUUGAGGAUUACACAUUACUUGAACCACAUGUGCUUCUAGAUGGGUGCAAGAUUCAAGAUGGCAGCUGGCACCAGUCACACUUCUUCUUCCGAACUCAGGACAGCCAGAAGCUCCCUGUUGUGAACUUUCAGGUGUUUCCCGCCGCCCAGCAGGGCUACCACCGGCGGCAGGACCUUGAGGUGGGACCUGUCUGCUUUUUGUGAACCUCUCUCCAUACCUGCUAGAAACCGUCAGUGCGUCAGUCCUUGAAGAGGUCAUCUUUAAAAAAGGUGGUUUCCACUGAUUGGACCCUCAUGGAAUGGAUUUCCAUGAGCAGUACCCCAGCAGGACAGUAACGGACUACUGUCUUUAGGAGCAUAAGGCCAGAUCAAAGAAGUACAGGACAACAUUGUGUACCAGUAUAGUUUUGAAAGACAAACAGAUCACUAUUCAAUAAAUAACACCCCAAACACAUGGAGAAGCUAGUGUUCUACUGCCUAGCUGGUCUUAACAUCCCAGAGAGGAUUAAUCUCUCUAGCUCAUGAGUACUCUCCACACAAAACUCCUCUAAGUGCAAUAGCUUAUGGAUUCAUUGUCAAUAUUUUAUUGCAUUCUCAAACGUUUUUGAUAUGUAAUUAUUUUUUUACGUUGUCCAUUCUGGACAUGUACAUCUUAUCAGAUGGUGCUCUACCUCCUUGAUGUUUUGCCUUCAGCUAUACGAAAGGUACUUGUAUUUAAGGUUUUCCUUCUCGUUGAAUGUACUGGUUACAUCAAGAAACGUUCUGUUGUAAGAGUACUUCUAUGAAUUUGGUCAUAUAGUUCCGUGCUUACUUUAUUUAUAUGUUAAUAAAUCACAUGUUCUUCUGCUUUGUUUUCGAGGUGCCAACCAGUGGCCGCUGUUGUCAUGGUGCUGCAGUAGUCACUAUUUCGAAAGCUAGAAGACAAUGUUCCUAUGUAUAUUUUGAUACAUACGGUUGAAUAUUUAUAUUAUUUUCACUUACAUGACUGUACCUUCAAUAAAUUAUACAAUCUCUUUGAGAUUGAAUUUGCCCAAGUACCAUUUAGUCAUGACAGUUCCUCCAUACAUACAUACAUAUAUGUGACUGAGAUUGUUAAGUACGUAAAAUGACACUUAUAAUUCAAAUGCCAGAACUAGAAACUGCAAUAAUCGGUUUUAAAAUUCUUAAUGGAUUUCAUUUGAGUCUAACUAUAUAAAUGUGAUGGAAGUAAAAUAUAGAUACUGUAAAUAUGAAAUGUAUUGAAUUUAAAUAAACAUUUUUUAUUCUUAA